AUGGCGACUGUAAGCUUAGCCUCGCCGGGCACCAAGCUGCUCUCCUCCUCCCAAACCAGCGCCAACGCGCGCGCCGCUGGUCCGCAGCAGUGGGAUGAUGGUUCCCUCCGCCGAGUCUCUCUGCGGAAGGUUCCGCGAUCGCAGCCCCACGCUGCCGGACGCGCGCAAGCGGCGGAGCGCAAGGGGCGGAAGCCGCUGGUGGUGAAGGCGCUGGUGGAUGUAGACUCCAUUGACGCCGUCAAGUUCGACUCGCUGGUUCGGCGCCGCGUCGUCUUCGGCCAUGACGAGUGGAAGAAGCACAAGUCGAGCGGGCGCUACUUCCGCCACAUCAAAACCAUCCUCACCUCCAAGGUCAUCGGCGCGCUCGGCCUGCCCGUCGGCGUCAUGACUGGUAUCGCAACCGCAAUUUGCGGGUGGAACGAGCUCGCAGGCAUGGGCGCGCUCCCUGAAUGGGCUCCGAUUCUUCACAUCUCCAACCUCCCUUUUACCCUCACGGCGCCAGCCCUCUCCUUCCUCCUGGUUUUCCGGACCAACUCGAGCUACGGGCGCUUCGACGAGGCGCGCAAGAUGUGGGGGCUUAUGCUGAAUCGCACGCGCGACAUCACGCGACAGGCGCUGUCGUACAUGGCGCGGGACGACCACACGUACGAGUACCCGAAGCGCGCGCAGUUCAUUCGGCACCUGCAGGCGUUCCCGCUCGCGUACAAGCACCACUUCCUGCAGGAAGGCUCGCUUGAGGAAGAUCUCCGUCAAUUUACGACGCUGAGCGACGCGGAGAUCAAAGGCGUGCUGGGCGCGACGCAUCGCCCCAACUACGUGCUGCAGAUGAUGUCCGAGUGCAUGCGCUCCUGCACCAUGGAACCCGCGCACCGCCUCGCUAUGGAGGCCAACUUCGCCACAUUCGCUGAUGACGUGGGAGGCAGCGAGAGGCUGUUCAAAACGCCCAUCCCACUCUCCUACACGCGCCUCACCUCGAGAUUCCUCGUGCUCUACCACAUGUUCCUGCCACUCGCGCUCUGGGACCCCCUCGGCUGGCUCACGAUCCCGGUCACCAUCAUGUGCUCGGGAGUGUUUUUUCUGCAUCGAGGAGGUCGGCGUCAUUAUCGAGAAUCCGUUCCCCAUCCUCGCCCUCGAUGUCAUCGCGCAAUCUGCCCGCAACAACGCUGCGGAGCUGGUGUCGCUGCACGAGGGCAUUCGCGAACUGGUGGUAGGCGACGACGAGGAGAUGAAGAUGCUGUCGAUCGUUUCGCAGCAGGCUCUACUGCCUUCCGAGCCUGCCUUCGUCGCCGAGCCUGA